AUGGCAUUCAAGAUUAUGCUGCUCACUUUGGCAUUGGUCGGGGCUGUGAGUGCCGAGUACGAUUACAGUAGAACCUCUAGUAAUAACAAUAAUCAGAAAGUGUCGGCGACAUCCAAUGACAUCAAUACUCUGGAGCAGCACGAUUCCAGUUCUAGUGAGGAAUACCGCACAAACUAUCAAACGCCUCAUAAUAAUGCCGAAAACUCAGAGGCUACACCCAAGGGAUACGAUUAUUCCGGACAAAAAUCUGACUCUGACUCUGACUCAAACUCGAAUGUGUUGCAUGAUGUCACAAGCUCCGAAGCUGCCGCAACUGCCUUGUUCCCUGUACCGUUACCUGUGCUCCGCGAGCAACGUCAGCCAGAGAUCUUUCCGCCGGCCAGCUAUAGCUUUAACUAUGCCGUAAAUGAUGAGAGCACCGGCGACAUCAAGGAGCACAGCGAGACUCGAGAUGGUUAUGUGGUCCGUGGAUCCUACAGCCUCAUCGAUCCCGAUGGCUACAAACGAACCGUGACCUACACUGCCGACAAUAUUCAUGGUUUCAAUGCAGUCGUAAAUCGCGUUCCCUAUGUCCUCAAGAAGUUAGCGGCUGUAUCUCCCGCAGUACUGUUGGAUGAACGUUCUCCGGCAGCCCUGGUAUCUGCUGGAUCGACUUCUGCUGGUUCUGCAUCCGUGAAGAAUGGCGAGAACACAUUGUCUUCCGGAUCUGCCGACAGCUACGUGAAUGCAGCUCACGAUCGUGACACGGCUGGUGGCGUAUAUGCUUGA